CUUCACUCACGCGCUUGGCGCUAUUUGCCACGGAAGGUCAUCAAGUGCAAAACCGGCUGAGGCAAUAACACACUGGGUAAAGACAUUACACUUGCCGGUAGGGCCGGUGGGUACGGAAUUAAAUACGGACCCCUGAGGUUCAACAGUCAACGAUUAGGAAACCGUGCACUAUGUAUUUACAGCAGGAAGAGUGAGUGAGUGAUUGUUUAAGUCUGUCAGAUUCAGUAUGUCUGCAUGGGUGCAGCAGGAGGCUGGUCCAACCAGUUCUGCUGAAAUCAAGAAAUCAGAGCCCAGAGGCCAGGAGAAGAAAUGCUCAUGGGCGUCUUACAUGACAAACUCCCCCACCUUGAUUGUCAUGAUCGGCCUCCCUGCCAGAGGCAAGACGUACAUGUCAAAGAAACUCACACGCUAUCUCAACUGGAUAGGAGUUCCAACAAAGGUGUUUAACCUGGGGGUGUAUCGGAGGGAAGCAGUUAAAGCCUACAAGUCUUAUGACUUCUUCAGACAUGACAAUAAGGAAGCCAUGGAGAUCCGAAAACAGUGUGCCUUGGUGGCCCUGGAAGAUGUAAAGACCUACCUUAAUGAAGAAGGUGGACAAAUAGCUGUAUUUGAUGCCACAAAUACAACCCGGGAAAGACGGGAUCUUAUAUUCAGUUUUGUACAGGAGAAUUCAUAUAAGGUGUUUUUUGUGGAGUCAGUAUGUGAUGAUCCAGAGGUUAUAGCAGCUAACAUCCUGGAGGUCAAGGUUUCAAGUCCAGAUUAUCCAGAGACGCACAGAGAGCGAGUCAUGGAUGAUUUCCUGAAACGCAUAGAAUGUUAUCAAGUCACUUACCAGCCACUAGAUCCUGAUGAAUAUGACAAAGAUUUGUCCUUCAUUAAGGUGAUGAACGUGGGUCGUCGGUUUGUGGUGAACCGUGUUCAGGACUACAUCCAGAGCAAGAUCGUCUACUACCUCAUGAACAUCCACGUGCACUCGCACUCCAUCUACCUGUGCAGGCACGGAGAGAGCGAACACAACGUCCAGGGCCGCAUUGGAGGAGAUUCUGAACUCUCCCCCCGAGGAAGACAGUUUGCGAGCACCCUGCAUGAGUUCAUUGAGGAGCAUAAGCUGUCUGACUUGAAGGUUUGGACGAGCCAGUUAAGAAGAACCAUCCAGACGGCUGAAGAGCUGGGAGUUCCGUAUGAACAGUGGAAAAUCCUCAAUGAGAUCGAUGCUGGAGUAUGUGAAGAGAUGACCUACGAAAUGAUCCAGAACACGUUCCCAGAAGAGUUUGCUUUAAGGGAUCAGGAUAAAUACCACUACAGAUACCCGGGAGGAGAGUCGUAUCAGGACCUGGUUCAGCGGCUAGAGCCUGUGAUUAUGGAGCUUGAGAGACAAGGCAAUGUACUAGUCAUCUGCCACCAGGCAGUUAUGCGCUGCCUACUAGCCUAUUUCUUGGACAAGAGUGCAGAUGAUCUGCCCUAUUUGAAAUGUCCCCUUCACACUGUCAUGAAGCUCACUCCAGUUGCUUAUGGCUGCAAAGUGGAGAUGUUUUAUCUGAAUGUGGAGGCAGUGAAUACACAUCGGGACCGGCCACUGGGGAAAGUCAGACGAGACUCCGCCCCUCUGCUAAGGCGGAAUAGUUACACGCCCCUCUCCAGUCAUGACCAGGUUAAGCGGCCCCGCCUCUACAGCGAUGGCAACCGACCCUGGCUGCCCCUCACCCCCUCCCCCACCACCCUGCACAUCCCCAACUCGCCAGACGGGGCGCUGCUGCUUCAGCAAAGCCAAAUAAACCUAUUUACACUUUCAAAGGCCAAGUGAAACCAAGGGUUACACAAAGUGAAAGGAUCAUUUAUAUACUGUGAGCAUAAGUGAACACUAGAGUUCAAAGAGUUGAAUUGUUUUAAAUUAAAAAUGUGAAGUGGUUUAGAUUCUGGUACUUAAAGAUCCUAAUACUCUCCUUAUGUUUAACUUUACCUUCAUCUUUUUUUUUUCUUUCUUUUUUUUUGAGGACUCCUUGUGUGAAGGAAUCAACUUUGACUGCCCAGACGAAGCUAAUGACUGUUUCCGCUUCUGAAUGAGAUGGGCGAAUUUCCAAAAUCCUGCAUGAAAAUGAAACUUUGCUUUUAGGUACUGCUUGCUUUCUCGGUGACGGAACUACAUUUCCCAUCAGCCCCUAGCAUGACAAAUCACCACUGCUGUGACUGAAAUGAAUCCUAUAAUUUAUCAUGAAGAGAUAUAUAUGCCCAGUUAUUUUAGCUGAUGAUGCCUUAAUGAAGACUGUUUGAUCUGUUAUAAUUUGGACACGAUGUGGGUUGUGAAAAUGAUGAUAACCUCAGUACAGAAUUUGUGUUGCAAUACAGUGUUGUUUGCAGCAAUGGAUUUUCCCAGUCAUAACUAUUACAACACAGACUCUAGUCAGUCAUCAGGAUGAAGAAAAGCGUAUUUCAGGGAAUCAGUGGAAAAGAGAUUAGAGGAACAGUUUAUAUAUUAAAACAAGUAAGUUUGUGCACAUUGUGGCUUAAAAGGAAUGCACUUGAGAGAUUUUUAAUGAGAAUGAAAUUUUUUUUUUCUUGCAAAUUUUCUUAAAAAGAAUGAUAGUCAUAUGGGAUAUUGCACAAAGUUCAGGCUAGUGAUGUAAUAUUUUUAUAGAAACAUUUGUGUGCAGCAUCCGGACAGAUCACAAGGAUUUGUAGAUCGCCGUAUUUAAAUGAGGUAUAUUUAAUAGGUCAGGUCACUGCUGGAGAUGCAACAAAUAUAGUUGUUUUAUUAUGGUUUUGAAUGUAGUCUGCGCUCUUUAAGCAAAAAAAAGUUUUCUCUGGUUAUGUGUUUGUUACAAAACUGAAAUGACUAGCUUUACAAGUAUUUUUGUGUUAAGGAGCUGCACUCAAAACACAAUUCACAUCUCGAUCAACAGCAUGUCAUCAACCAAGGACACUGCAUAAAACAAGUUAAAUAAUGUGCCAUCUUGACUACCUUAUGGUUGAAUGUUUAAAGAAAAAAUGUCUGAAGUUCUGUAUUUUUCCACUAAUUCUUUCCAUUUUUUAACAUUUGAAUCAUGUUUUGCCUCACUACUUUAUUUGUAAUGGUGCGACAUUAUUUUUUAAAAGUGCAAAUAUUCCAUAUACUCUGAGUUUAAUGCUGCAUGCAUUAUACUAAAUUAUAAAUAAAUUGGCAAAAUACAGCUUGUGCUGCUGUGAUCAGUGUCCAGGGCAUGAACAUCAUCAGCACUUGUUCAUUCAGUCCUUCUGCAUGACACAAAGUUUUCAUGAGAUAUCCAAGAAUGCAUUGCCUUUAAGAAAGUGGCUAAUGUGAUUGCACAGUACAAACUGCACCAAAUCUGACUCUGAAUUUAUAUGAUUCAUAUAAAUAUUAGUGCUGUCAAUCGAUUAAAAAAAAUUAACUAAUUAAUCGCACAAUUUUUUAAAAUUAAUCGCGAUUAAUCGCGAUUAAUCGCAAUUAAAAGACUGAAACUUUUUGGAUAUGUAAAUGUAAAAUGUAAAUAAUUAAUGUAAACUCAAGACAAAGAAACUAUUUAAAUUCAAAAUAUGAUUGUUUAUUGGAAUUUUUGUUUAACUUGUAACACAGAUUUUCUCAUGUAAACAACAUACCUGCAAUAAACCAUCAAUAUCCUCCAAAUUAACUGUUGGCUUGAAAGCCAUAUUUAUUACAGAAAUAAAAACACAGGCAUGUAAGUACCAUUUGAAUUUCAAAACAAUCAAUGCCAAUAAAAAACAAAAAUGAUUUCCAUGUUGAAUUCUAAGUGGACUGCAAAAAAAUUCCAAAGUAUAGUCAUUGCCAGUGCUUUAAGUGGGCCAGUAUGCACCAGUACUCAGUACCGCCACUUCCAAAUAUAGCUCUUGAGCAUACCGCCACCUCUCCGUGCGCCCAGAACGUGCUUGUAGCGUACCGGUACGCUCAUUUGGACAUCUGUUUUAAUAGAGGUUUUAAUCUUUUACCUGCACUACCGAUUUUCAGAGCGCUAUUCACAAUGCAAGCUUCCUAAUUCAUCCCACCCAGAGCAGAAACUACAUUACCCAUUCACCCUUAAGUUAUACAAGUGAAUAGCGCAUGUGUCGCUUUUCCCACUGUUAAGUGUCAACAACUCAACGUGGCCGGAGAAGGUGUGUGAAACUCGUGAGUUAUACUAAAGCAAAAUCUUGAGUAUUUAUUGUCUGAUAAACAUUAAAAACUGUCUGCGGAGGUUGAGUCGUCCUGCAGCCCCCGCUGGCUGUUCAUUGGCUGCAGCAUCUUUUUUCUAAGUUCUAAACAAAUACCGUAGACGGCAAGGCACAAAUUUAGAUAUUCAUUUAUCUAAUUAAUCAAUAGCCUAUGCACAAAGACAAUAUGAUCUUUUUGUUCCCUUUUUGUUUUAAAGCUUGAUGAAGAGAGAGAGCGCAAGUUGCUGCAGCUGAGGAGGACAGUGAUACGCGCGUACAGGAGUGAUUGACAGUUCGCGGCACUGUGUACAAAAAAUACUCCGCUACACAAUUAUUUCGUUAUUUUUGUUUAAGCUUAUUAACGUUAGCGUUACAGAAAGGUCUGAUUUACGCACUGUUACAGUCAUUGUUUUUUUUUUUGUUUUUAAACAAUGACAUUAGAGUUCAUGAUUUUAAUGUUGCUGUUUCUUGUGGCAGACUAAAUGAAGAGUAAUGUUUCUUGUGGCAGACUGAAGAGUAAUCCGGCAGAGUUUUAUACUGAAACUUUCCGUCUAAAAGUCCUUCCUUGGUCUUAUCCAUAUUUCUUUGCACGUUGAACACACAUAGGCCACAACUGGAAAUAAAAAAAACUGCAACCGCGUUAAUUGCGUUAUUUUUUUUUAACGCGUUAAAUAUUUCAAAUUAAUCGAAUGCGUUAACGCGCUAAUUUUGACAGCACUAAUAAAUAUAUGAUUCAUUUUCAGACUUUGGAAAACUGUCUGCAAUGUUUGAAAUAUUGCUUUCUCCAAAUACAAUUAAACAUCUGUUAUGUCAGAGUUACAUAAA